AUGGAGACUGUGUUGAAGUCCCCUUGUGAAGAACAGCACCCUCAUGAGGCUGAAGAUUUCCAUAGGAAGCAUGAGCAGAACAACAAGCUUUCAGGCAUAAAAAAAGAUAUUGAAAAACUUUAUGAAGCAGUGCCACAGCUUGCAAAUGUGUUCAAAAUUAAGGAUAAAAUUGGAGAAGGUACUUUUAGUUCUGUUUACUUGGCCACAGCACAGCUACAAGCAGGACAUGAGGAAAAGAUGGCUCUGAAGCACUUGAUUCCAACUAGUCACCCUCUGCGAAUUGCUGCUGAACUUCAGUGCCUCACGGUAGCAGGGGGACAGGAUAAUGUUAUGGGAGUUAAAUACUGCUUUAGGAAAAAUGAUCAUGUGGUUAUUGUUAUGCCGUAUUUGGAACAUGAAUCCUUCCUGGACAUUUUGAAUUCUCUGUCCUUUGAAGAAGUGAGAGAAUACAUGUUUAACCUGUUUAAAGCUUUGAGGCGCAUUCAUCACUUCGGUAUCGUUCACCGUGACGUCAAGCCCAGUAACUUUCUCUACAACAGGCGGCUAAAAGAGUAUGCCUUGGUAGAUUUUGGCUUGGCACAAGGAACCCCUGAUACAAAAAUUGAACUUCUCAAAACCACCCAGUCUGAAGGCCAGCAGGGAAGUUGUUUGCAAAGUAAACCCACUGUAACCUUGGGAAAUGGAGUUUCUCUCAGUGUCACAGCAGCUAAACAGAUAGCUCAGCAGUCAGCCUCAAAAGCAUCUGAUAAAAGGUCCAGCUCGCUCUCAAAAGCACAGAUUAAGCAAGGAAGAGGAGGAAAGGAGGAUUCUGCACACCAUUCUAUCCAGCGCUCUGUCUUUGGAGAGAGGAAUUUCAAUGUCUCUACUUCCACAUGCCAAGAGAACUCUAAUACAAAACUCGUAAAGCAAUCCAAGAUAAUAGAUGUUUCAUCUAGGAAGUUAGUAAUCAAGAAGAAGAUUAUUUCUACCAAAACAGUAAGCAAUGGGGCAGCCAGAAAAGCUGCCAGUGGUUGUCCUUCAAACCUGACCUGUGACUGUUAUGCAACAGAUAGAGUUUGCAGCGUUUGCCUUUCAAGGCGUCAGCAAGUUGCUCCAAGGGCAGGAACACCUGGAUUCAGAGCACCAGAAGUGUUAACCAAGUGCCCCACUCAGACAACAGCAAUCGACAUGUGGUCUGCAGGAAUCGUAUUCCUUUCUCUGCUCAGUGGACGGUAUCCAUUUUACAAAGCAAGUGAUGAUUUAACUGCUUUGGCACAAAUAAUGACAGUUCGUGGAUCCAGAGAAACCAUUCAGGCCGCUAAAACUUUUGGCAAGUCUGUUCUGUGUACCCAAGAGGUCCCAGCACAAAAUUUAAGAACCCUCUGUGAGAAGCUGAGAGGAACAAACAGCAGCUCUACCAGAUCCAAGGGUGCCCUGCACAGCGAUUCUCCAAACGACCCGGCUUUGCCCCUGGAAACAGACAAACAUUGUGCUACGAAGACACUUGGAAAAGAAGUUCAGCACUUGCAGAGCUGCCAGGAAGGUGAUGGUGCUUUAGGGAAUAAGGCAAUAGACAUGAAAGGUUGGGAUCACGUUCCUGAUGAUGCAUAUGACUUACUUGAUAAGUUACUGGACUUAAACCCUGCGACAAGAAUAACGGCAAAAGAGGCUUUGCUGCAUCCUUUUUUUAAAAAUAUGAGACUUUGA